AUGGAAAUUGAGAUGACAAAAGAAGCAAAACAUUCCCGUGGGAAGUUGCUGAACGAAUCCACAAAUUACGCAGACCGAAUGACACAUAUGGACAUCCUCUGCAAAACACCAAAAGUGCUCAAACAACUUUUAAUCGAAAAUCCUCGCAUCAUCGAGCGAUUAAUUCAAGACACUAUUCCACUCAUUGUGUACACAACUAAUUACACCCUUCAAACCGCACACAAAAUAUUGAAUGUGUUAGAGUAUUCUUUAUUGUGUAACAACUCAGUGUUUACUGUCCCACAGUUUCAAGCGUUUUUAUUCGAUUGUUUAUGCGUUGAGACUGAGUCGUCGCUUCGCCUUCGUGCACUCAGAAUCGUUUUACAAAGCCUUAACUUGUACAACUCAUAUGACUCUUCCCAGGUAUUAAUGAUCAUCGGGUCUUUAAACCUCUCGGCAUUCACAAACACCAAAAAUGACUUAAGUUCAAGUACCUUAACUUCACUUAAAGAAAUUAAACCGUCUGAUCUCAAACACGUUGACAUCCAAACAAAUGUCCAACUUGUUGUCCCAAUUCUCAACUACAAAACCCAACAUUUCUCAUUACCAAAAUCAACAAUUAGCAACUGUUUUCAAAUGCUCGAGGUUUUGUUGAAUGAAGUGGUCACAAAGAAGCGUCGAACUAAGGGUCUGAUGACUAUUUUCAUGCUUACUAUGGAACUUCUGUUUCCGAAUUUACAGACAAAUAGACUUGCCGAACCCUCUGUCAUUUCAUUUUCGGGGCUAAAAGAGCCCAACCCAGACGUUUUCAAUUUGAUAACUUCAAAGCUUUAUUCGAUGAGAACGGAGGAUAUCUCUGAGAUGGUCGCAGAAGCCGAUGGAGUCCUUGAAUUCUACUUAGAAAUUUUGAAAAUUGCGACGAAGAGCGACUUGAAAACAAUUAACUCCGCAAUCGACUUUUACUUCACAAAUUUCAUAUCACAAAAUGAAAUUGAAGGAAAGAUCAACACGGAGAUAUACACCAACUUUAAAGUGAAAAUAAUCGAAGAGAUACAAGACAAAAUCAACCCACCAAGCGACCAAAUUGGAACAAAAAUGUUCCUUCAAAUACUCUUUGGUGUUAUUUUAAAGUCAUGCACCGACAGCCUCCCACAUACAGUCAAACGCGCUUUAAUCGCAUUGACCAAGGUUUUUGCGCAAAAGUUUUUCGACUCAUUCCUUCAUCAAAAUUCAGACACAAAAAAUGAAAAAGAGUCACAGCAAAAUGCGUCGCAGUGUGAUGUCCAAAAGGAGAAUGCAAAAAUACUUACGCACAUGAUUCUCUAUAUUUGGUUGUAUUAUAACAAUAACGUGGAAUCGGAGUGGGACGAAUUGUAUAAAUUAAUGAACAAAUAUUAUACAAUAGAUGGGGUCAUAGAAGGCAUUACAGACAUCUUUGGGCAUUUAGUGUUAUGUGUUGCACAUCAAGUAUUUGAAAAUCCGGAAGACGACAAAAAUAUGGCACCAAACGCUUUAGUCCCUCUCGUUAUUGAAAUACCACAGAGAGAAUCCAUCAAAGAUAAAAUGGCGAUACCAGUCCACUUCGACGUGUUUUAUUCAAAAAUGAAAUUGCCUAUACCACAAAAUUAUUUGAACGCUGUUUCUAACAAGUGGACACCAGAAAUCAUUGUUGACAACUUCGCACUUCUUCUCAAAUUUUAUACGACGACGAAAAAUGAGAAUAAUGUUUUACAACUGACACAUGUCAUCACAGUGACUUCAUUACUUGUUCUGUUACAAAGUUGGAAGACAAGAAGGGGUGUUAAAGGGAAUGAUAUACUUAACUUUAAAGAAUUGUAUAUGGAAUACUUUGUCGAGGCUAUCGAGAAUGAAGAUCUUGUCAUUUCAACAUUAACACGGCGAGCAAUAUUCAAGUUGUUCUGCACAUUUGGUGCUUCGAGUUAUGGGUAUAAAUUGCUUGUGUAUUUGAUCGACCAUUGCCCCGAUGAGGCUUUGUACACUGCUCUUGAGGAUAUAUCGACUAUAUUCUCCACUAUGUCUCCUGAUAGUUUCAUUCUCAUUCCUUCAAUUCUCUCUGCUGUUUUGCGUCUCCCUGACUUCCCAGUAUUAAAAAGUUCCAACGUCCAAACGGGCAAUUAUCUUUCUUCGUUUAUGUUCAACACAGACGUUAUACAACCAACUGUGAAUGCACCUGCGACUAUUUCUGGGUUGUUGAGUACGUUACUUUCUUUAGCGGUGUAUGGAGAGGUUGCGUUACAGCUUAAAAACAAAGAGAAAAUCAACGAAUCGGAUGAUUUUGUUGUUGAAGUUGAACCUUAUAACAUAAUUAUCGAAAUUAUUCACUGUGUUAAACACUUGCUCUCAAAAACAAAGAGUCCGGUCUGCCAUAUUAUGUCGCUUUGGUGUUUGACUCAAUGUGUAUGUGAGGUUGGGUCCGAGACUGCUGGUGGAUUUGAAGAGACCAGAAGUGAAAUUGAAAAUAUUGUCGAUUUUAUGAUCGAAGAGGUGAACGACGCAGACUUUGAGAUUGUGAAAAAUGCGCAGAUGUGCAUCGACUUUAUUGGAAAUCACUCGAGCGAAUUAAAGAAAGAAGUGAUAGAGUAUAUCAUCCAAAGUAUUUGCAAGAAGAUGUACACUGUGGGGAGCCCGGAACGUCGGGGAAGUCUUCUUCAAAAUAUUUUAAGUUUUAUCACUGGGGAGAAAACCUUCUUUGAGAGAAUGAGCGAGAAAACCGUUUGUGAGUGUUUUAGAGUCGUUGAGAGUUACAACAAAAAAGGAGUUGCGAACACAUUCAAUACCACUAGUGAGAUUACCACUACUCAAAAUAGUGACUUCUUGUGUGAUACAUUUGUCAGUAAAAUCAUCAAAGAGAGUGUUGGGCAUUCUCCAUUUUUUAUUGAAAGUGGGGAAGACGUUCUUGUAACUCCAAAGAAUACAGUGAACUUCAUAUACAAUGAACGCAUAUGGAGUGUGUGGAGUGAUGAAAAGGGGAUUCACUUAAUAGUUCGAGAUAUAUUGGGGAAGUGGGGAUGGACGUUAAAAGAGAUGCGAGAGCGAGAGGAUUUCAUUGGAGACGAAGAGACCAUUCCCAAAGAAGCAAAAAUUGGUGUUGUUCUUUGUCGUAAUAAUAAAGUGCGAGAAAAGAUUGAUGUUGAAGACAACGUUUUGGACAAACUUGUUGGCGAGAUGGAGAGUGAAGAGAUGGACAUCUUUCCAUCAAAGAAAGCAGUUGGUUUUGACACGGACGAGAUGAAGAAAGAAAUAGAAGACAUCAUGAAAGGCUUUGAAAUUCUACGUGAAGGGAUACAAAAAAGCGAAGAGCGGAAAGAUGAUAUCGAGAAGAAAUGUGAAAGCAAUGAAAAACAGGAAAAUGAAAUUCUUCAAAAAUCCGGCUCUGUCACAGAUAUCGUGAAAGCUAUUGUCUUCCUCACCAACACAAAUCCAAACGAAAUAGUUCCAAUUCAACUCAUUUGCGACACAACAUCAAAAUUUGAGUCUUGGAUGAAUCGAUUGGACCGAGUACAACCGCGCGAGACUCAUAAAAUAGGUAUUGUGUACGUUGCUCGGGGACAAAGUACUGAAGAAGAAGUGAUGUCCAAUUGUAAAGGCAGUGAUGAGUACUAUAAAUUUACGAGUCAAAUUGGUGAAACAAUAAAGUUGGAGAAUUGGCAACGAUAUAGUGGUGGGUUGGACACAAAAUGUGGGAGUGAUGGUCCAACGUCGACAUACUACAGCAAUCAAAAAUACGAAAUCAUGUUCCACGAGGUAGUCAAAAUACCAGUGAGCAAGAAUGAACAAUCCUCUUACCAACAAAAGAAACGACACGUGGGAAACGAUCGAGUUCACAUCGUGUUCUGUGAAAACGACUCAUACAACCCGGGCACAAUCACAAGUCAAUUUAAUAACGCACACAUUAUUGUAUACCCCCUUAAUGGAAUGUAUAGAAUAGAAAUGUUCUAUAAAGCUGGUGGCGGAUGGGGACCUUUGCAAAAUGGAAUGUUAGUCGACGGAUCGAAGAUCGGACGUUUGGUCAGAGAGACUGCAAUCUGUUUGGAUAAAGCAUCCAUCUUGCGUUUUACUACAGAAACAAAUAUGAACCAAUUCAUGACUCGAAACACAACAAUUCGACAAAUCAUUGAUUCAACAGAAGAUACAAAACUUGACUUCCUUCAUCUUGUUGAUAAAAUCAAGAGCAUCGUGUCAAACUAA